AUGCAGGGUCCCAACCAGACUUUGGUGACAGAAUUCAUCCUUCUGGGCUUCUCCCUGAGUCCCAGGACCACACCUCUUCUCUUCACGGCCUUUCUGAUGAUCUACCUGUUGAUUAUUCUUGGCAAUGGCUUGAUCUCCAUCCUCAUCUGCCUGGACUCACACCUCCACACUCCGAUGUACUUCUUUAUUGGCGUCCUUUCCAUGCUGGACCUGGGCUACACUACCACAACCGUGCCCCAGAUGUUGGCACAUCUGGCCAGCCAUAAAAAGACCAUCUCUUUCUCCAGGUGUGUGGCUCAGAUGUACAUUUUCUUGGUACUGGGUGUCACUGAGUCUUGGCUCUUUGCUAUCAUGUCUAUAGACAGGUAUGUGGCCAUCUGCCACCCUCUCAGGUACAAGAUCCUCAUGAGCCCAUGGCUAUGUGGUGUAAUGGUCACUUUCUGUGGACUCUGUGGUGUCGCCUCUGCUCUUGUCUACACUAUCUUUGCCAUGCGCCUCCCCUACUGUGGCCCCAACCAAAUCAACCAUUUCUUCUGUGAAAUCCCUGCUGUCUUAAAGCUGGCCUGUGCAGACACCUCAGUCAAUGACCAAGUAGACUUCAUUCUUGGUUUUAGUGUCAUUCUGAUCCCCAUGUCCCUUAUCUUUGUGAUUUAUGUCAGCAUAUUCACUGCCAUCGUGAGGAUCCGUUCAUCACAAGGACGGCUGAAAGCAUUUUCCACCUGCGCCUCCCAUAUCACUGUGGUCACCAUGUUCUGUGUGCCAGCCAUGGUCAUGUACAUGAAGCCUGGUUCUAAGGCCUCCCCAGAAGAGGACAAGAAGCUGGCCCUGUUCUACAACAUCAUCUCUGCCUUUCUCAACCCCAUCAUCUACAGCCUCCGCAACAAGGAUGUCAAGAGGGCUUUCCUCAAGGUGACAGGCUGGAACAGAUCCCCAGAAUGA